AUGUCUAAUGGGAGUGGAGAAACGUUCAACUCGAAAACAGACUACUCGUUUGGCAACGAGCCCUACAUGGUGUAUUUUACUACACCCGAUGCUGAUAAUUUAAUUUUAACGAUAGAACAUAAAUUAACUUGUGAUCGGUGGUGUGGAAGAUAUAGUAGUCAACAUAUUCAAACCUUGACAAGCAAAGCCAACAGCUACAAGCCAUUUCAUACCUUCCUUAAAAUGAUUUAUCAAGCAUUGAUGAAAAAGUCUAAUUCUGUGUCUCUUGAAUUUAUAACAAAAAACCAAAUGGAAGUACUAUUUCAAAAAAAGUCAUCAUCAAAAGGUUCAUCAACACCCUCAAUGGACGACGGUGAAGCAAGUAAAACGUCAUUGACACCUUCGAACACAAGAUAUCUCAUUGUGAUUUACUACACUGAAUACGAUUGCGUCAGGUAUCCUCUUCCCCUUGCAUAUGAGGAGCCAAACAUUGAAAUACUUAAAAAUCUAAUUCAAAAUCUAAGAAAUGAGAACGAACAGUUGAGAAAGCCAAACAAGGAAAUUGAAAAAUUAACAAGAGAAAAGAGGGAUAUUGAAGAAGCAUUCCGAAAACUCCAAGUGGAGUCUGCAAACGAAGUGAAGCAUGUCAGAAAGCAAUACGACGAGUUGGUGCGUGAACUACACAUCCAAACAGCAGAUAUUGAAAAACUUAAAAAACAAUUAGCCCAACAAUCAGAUCAGCUGCAACGAGCGCCAGAGCUUGAGGAGAAAGUCAUACUCCUUAAAAAAGAGUUAAGGAAUGCAAAGAAUGAAAUCGAACAGCUACGGGCAGAAAACACAAAAUAUUAUCUAAGUAAGCAACAAAUUCAUUCCGACAGUCGUAGCUCUGUCACAAAAACUAGGUCAACACGUUCCCCAUCUCCCAAGAUAUCGUCGUCACCUCGUGUGGAGAGAAGUCGAUCUCCAACACCAACUAGGAGAGCCACAGGUAGCAGCGUUGAAAAACGAGGUGCUACCUCACGAUCAUCGUCUUCCGAAAGAAGAAUUUCGGGUUAUGAAUCUCCGAAAACCACCUCAAAAUCAGCCCUUCCAAAACACUUAAUUCCAACCUCGUCAUCUUCCUCCUCCACCAGAAAUUCUCGUUCCAUGUCUCCCUCGCUUCGAAGUAAAACUCCAACAAAGGACGAGAGAAAAGGUUCAUCAUCCUCAUCAGCCUCAAGAAAAGUGCCAAGCUCUCCGUCACGAGGAAGACCUCUCGAAUCGCCUCGACGAUCUCGGACCAGUGCAACAGAAGAAAAGAAAUCAAGGCACAAACCCUCCAAGAAAACUUAUUACGAUACCUCAGAAGACGAAAGUGAAUUGGCAAGCAAUGCUGACAUGUAUUCAUCUCAAGCUAGCCCGUACAACUCGGACGACUAUUCAGAUUACAGUUUUUCUUCAGUCUCUGAACGAAGAGGUUCUUCCUCUCAUCGAUCGUCGUCCAACAAGAGAAAACAAGUGGCACCCACGACAUCAAGCUCCAAUCGUUCACACUCCAAAGGCAAGCAUCGAUAA